AUGAGCAACAAUCAGAAGGAGGUGAAGAAGAUCCAGAGUGUGUAUCUGCAGAAUGUGGAGCGCCUGAACCAGAGCAAGAAACCAGAGAAGAAGCAGUGGACGCCCAGGGACGCAGAUCUGGUGCAGACGGCCAUGGAGAAGCUCAGGCACAAGAGCUCGGCUCAUCGCAUCAGCAGAGACCUGACCUGCUCCAUCUGCCUGGACCUGUUCAAGCAGCCGGUGUCUCUGCCCUGUGACCACACCUUCUGCCAGAGCUGCAUCCAGGGCUACUGGACGGGCCCCCGGGGGCCAGCCCAGGGCUCCUGCCCCCAGUGCAGGAAGGUGUAUCCAGGCCAGAGCUACAGACCCAACCGCAUCGUGGCCAACAUCGUGGAGAGCUACUGCCACGGCUUGGAGGAAGGGGACCAGGGGCCCCUGCUGGAGCUGAAGGCCCCUGAGCAGCCGGUGCCUCGCUGCCUCAGACACAGAGAGGAGCUGAAGCUUUACUGCGAGGAGGACCAGGAGCUCGUGUGUCUGGUCUGUGGUCUGUCCCAGGAGCACCGCGCACACACUCUGGUCUGUGUGCAGGAGGCGCAGCACAAGUACAGAGCCUCCCUGAACAGUUCCAUGGAUUCUCUGAAGGCAGAACUAAACAUCGCUCUGCAGUGCGACCGCGAGGCCGAGGAGGAGGUCCGGAAACUCAAGGAGCACACGGCGGACCUGAAGCAGCGGAUCGAGGCCCAGUUCAGUGACCUGCACCAGUUCUUGUACCAGGAGGAGAAGCUGCUGCAGGUGAAGCUGAAGACGGAGGAGCGCAGGGAGCUGAUCCGAUUGGACGAACACAAAGCUCUGCUUUGUGUGGAGAUCUCCCGCCUCCAGGGGGCAGUGCAGGAGACCGAGGACAAGCUGAAUGAGAAGGACCCAUUCACACUGCUCAGGGGCAUCAAGGCACUGCUGCAGAGGCCGCUGUUGAAGUUUGAAAAGCCAGUGUUCACUCCUCCCUCUCUGUGCGAGGGCAGGUUUGCUGGUCCUCUUCAGUACCGAGUCUGGAAGUCCAUGAAGGGGAGCCUCUACCCAGUACCGGCUGCCAUCACCUUUAACUCCAGCACAGCGAACCCGUGGCUGAGUCUGUCCUCGUCUCUGACCUGUGUGAGGUACCAGACCUUCAAUCACGCCGUGGAGGACAAUCCCGAACGCUUCAACGCUGCGCUCUCCCUGCUCGCCAGCCAGGGCUUCACCCACGGACGGCACUACUGGGAGGUGGAGGUCUACAGCAGCACCGUCUGGACCGUGGGCGUGGCCAAGGAGUCUGUCCCCAGGAAAGGUGUGAUCAAAGCCCUGCCCCCCAACGGCUUCUGGACCCUGUCUCUGUCCUACGGGGUCCAGUACAUGGCUGGGACUUCCCCCCCCACGGUGCUGUCCCUGGAGGAGUCUCUGGACCGGAUCGGGGUCUACCUGGACUACAAGAGGGGCCUGGUGUCCUUCUACAACGCCAAGAGCAUGACGCACCUGUACACGUUCAGAGAGAACUUCACCCAGACCCUGUACCCCUACUUCAACCUGGGCUUUCUGGAUAAAGUCCACGAGAACGAACCCCUCAAAGUCUUCCUCCCCAAAAUAUAA